AUGUUUUAGAUCAAUAAGACAAGUUUUUUAAUACUUAAUCAUGAUUAUUAGCCGUCAUUUUUAUUGAGCUUUGCACUCUACUAACCUUAUAAAUAUAGGUUUGUAUUUUGAUAUUUACUUACUAAGAUAAAAGUCACAUUAUUUCCAGGUUUUGAGGAGAGUUCAUCAAGAAAAUUUUAUUCAUUAUCAAUGAUGAAGAAAAGGUUGGAGGGUAAGGUGGCAAUAAUAACGGGUGCGGCGAGUGGAAUAGGCGAAGAGACGGUGAAAUUAUUCGUCAAAAAUGGAGCAUAUGUUAUUGCAGCAGAUAUUCAAGAUGAAUUAGGUCAUAAAGUUGCAGAUUCAUUAGGUUUAGAUAAAGUUACGUAUCAUCAUUGUGAUGUGAGAGACGAAAAGCACGUUGAGGAAACGGUUAACUUUGCGUUGGAAAAACACGGUCGCGUUGAUAUUUUGUUUAGUAAUGCAGGGAUAAUAGGCUCGUUGUCCGGAAUACUUGAGCUCGAUCUGGGCGAGUUUGAGAAAACUAUGGCUACAAAUGUUGUUGGAACAGCUGCUAUGAUUAAGCACGCGGCGCGUGCGAUGGUUGAGAGAAAGAUCCGCGGAUCGAUUAUAUGUACUACUAGUGUUUCUGCUUCUGUUGGUGGAACAGGUCCUAAUGGUUACACUACAUCGAAACAUGCUGUGUUAGGACUUGUGAAAUCUGCUUGUAGUGAGCUUGGUGGUUAUGGAAUCAGGGUUAAUAGUAUUUCGCCUUAUGGAAUUGCGACGCCGCUUUCGUGUAGAGCUUACAAUCUUGAACCUCAUGAGGUUGAAGCUAGUACUUAUUCUAAUGCUAAUUUGAAGGGUGUUGUGUUGAAGGCUAAGCAUAUUGCAGAAGCAGCUUUGUUUCUUGCUUCUGAUGAAGCUGUUUAUAUCAGUGGUCAUAACUUGGUUGUUGAUGGUGGCGUAUCGGUCGUUCGUAAUACUACGUGAGAGCAUGUUUGAAUUGACAGUGAAUUUAUCAGAUCACCACGAAUUAUU